AUGGCGCUUUUCUGCACAUCAGUAAAGUCAAUAGAACGACUUCCUCCCACACAGGUGAGUUAGCUAAAAAAAUUAAUAAAACAAUAUCGUUGGGACUAUACUGUCUAUACAUAUCAUUGUGAAAUAUAUUGUUUACACUCUUAUUUAGGAUGCUUUACUUCAGCAUGUUCUCAGAGCCAUUUAUCAAGCCGGAAUUUGGGCCACAAGUGACCAACCAAUGCCUUUUCUGCCCUCACCUGACAAUUUUGGCUGGGACAAAGAUCAAGUCUGGACUCCAAAAUGGAUGACACUGCUGGAAGUUUCGAAAGCGUGUCAAGAAUUUAUUAGCUGUUCGUGCAAAGGGAAAUGCUCCCGAUGCAAGUGUGUACGUGCAAACCUGGACUGCACAUCUUUGUGUAAAUGCCAUUGUACUGGAAAAUUACCUUGA